AGGUGAAAAAGGUAUUGGAACGACGACUGGAAGACCUCUUCAGUACAAAGGAUCAAUUUUCCACCGCAUUAUCAAAGGUUUCAUGGCUCAGGGUGGCGAUUUUUCCAAACGUGAUGGUACUGGUGGAGAGAGCAUAUAUGGGGAGAAGUUUGCAGAUGAGUCCUUCAAGCUUACACAUGAUGGACCAGGUCUUCUAUCCAUGGCAAAUGCUGGUCCUAAUACCAAUGGUUCUCUGUUCUUCAUCACCUUCAACUCUGCACCCUAUCUUGAUGGGAAGCAUGUUGUCUUUGGGAAGCUUUUGCGAGGACAUGACACAUUGAAGAAGAUUGAAAAUGUGGGUUCUGGACAUAUAAGACCUGCUGCUUCAGUGGAAAUCGUUAAUUGUGGUGAAUUCUGUGAAAAUAAGAAGAAAACAAAUAAAUCAAAAUCAGGGAAGGAUACUUAUUCUGAUUCUGAUAGUUAUGAAACUAGACGACGGGGAAAAUACAAGAAAUCUUCCCGGGAGAAGAGGAAAACAGAAGAAGACACCACAUAUCUGAGUCAGAUACCUCAUUGGAUGCGGAGACUGAAACAUCAGAGCCUGACAGUGAUUCUGAUUAAUAUUCUUCAUCGUCUUCUUCCAUUAGUUCUUCAAGUGAUGACAGGCGCAGGAGGAGAAAGAGAUCUUCUAAGAAGGACAAGUAUAGACGUGAAAAAAGGAAAAGGGACAAACGCCGUGAGAGGAAAUGUACGAUGCAUGAUAAGAGAUCAAGGCGCAAAUCAAGAAGGACGCAGGAGAGUACCAGUGAUAGUGAGAUUGGAUGUACGAGUGACUAUAGCUCAGAGGAUGGAGUUGAUUCUCGUAGGCCAGCUCGGAAGCCUAAAACCUCUUCCAAGGUUUCUGCUGGGGGAGAAUUUCUGUCAAUCAAGGAGGGUGUAACUGCUCCUUGGCAAAAGAACGGAGAUACCACG